AGUUAGACGACGACGACGACGACGCAAGAAGCUCACCAGGGCCGCCGCCAGUCGCCACCGAGAAGAAGCGCGCGGUAGGAGCCUUGGUUGCAGCGAGGAGGUGUCCGGCGCUGUUGGAUCUCAUCUCACGGCGUGCCCGCUCGGAACGAUGGCUUCCGCGAAGGCCAUCGCCGUCCUCGGCGUCGUAGCGGUGGUGGUGGCGGCGUUGGUUGCCGCGGCUGAGAGCCGCCACAUUGCGCGGAAGGACCUGGGCGUCAGCCUCGGCGGCGGCGGUGGGCUGGGGGUCGGAGUAGGCGGCGGCCUCGGCAUCGGCUCGGGGAUCGGCAUCGGCAUCGGCGGCGGCGGCGGCGGCGGCGGCUCGGGGUCCGCGUCCGGGUCAGGGUCUGGGUCGUACUCCGGCUCUGGCUCAGGGUCGGGCUCCGGUUCGGGGUCCUGGUCCGGGUCAAGCUCGGGCUCGAACGUCGGGUCCGGCGGCGCGGGGUCGUACGCGGGCUCCCACGCCGGCUCGUAUGCAGGCUCCAACGGCGGAGGGGCGGGCUCGUACGCGGGGUCCAACGCUGGUUCGCACGCUGGCUCCAACGGCGGAGGCGCUGGCUCGUACGCGGGCUCCAACGCCGGCUCGUACGCUGGUUCUAACGGCGGGGGCGCGGGCUCCGAGGCCGGCUCGUACGCUGGCUCCGGCGCCGGCCCGCACUGGGGCCCUGGUGCCGGGUCGUACGCAGGCUCCAACGCCGGCUCGUACGCAGGCUCCAACGGCGGAGGAGCGGGCUCGUACGCGGGCUCCGAGGCUGGCUCGUACGCUGGGUCUGGCGGUGGCCCGUACGGCGGCGCUGGCGCGGGCUCCUACGCUGGGUCUCGAGCCGGCUCCUACGCCGGCAAUGGGCACGGCAAGUGAGCCGUGAGCAAGCUAGAUGCCGUGCCGAUACAGUGAUGCUCUUGCUUGUUCUUCUGUGUGUCUGUGUGCAUCCCUGAUUAUUUGUGACCGCAAGUAAAUCCAUUAUGUGUGUACCCAUGAAUAAGUCUAGAGAUGACGGCUGAUGAAUAAGCUCCCGAUGUAAACAUUUAGAUGUAUCAAUUGUUCAGCAUGUACACUAUUGUAUUGUUUAUGCACUCUUGACAUGAGAUGAGUUUAGUGAACGUGUUCUUGCUUAA